AUGCCUGAGAGUACAGGUAACCCGGAGGACAGUCCGAAUGAAGUGGCCCACAACGUGGCUCGAGGUCUUACGUUCCUAGUUGCGUCAGAUGAAGGGGCCAUCCAAACGGACUUUUCUGCGCCGGUGUCGGUAUUGCUAAGCACGGGUGCGCGAGCCGAUCUCCCACCACCCACGUCUGGUGGUAUGGCUGCACCGGCGUUCCUUCAUGAGCCACCAGUGCAGGUUGUAUUUUCCAACAUGACCGGGGCUCUGGUUUCUUGUUCUGCCUCCGGUCAACCCCGACCCGUUAUCAGCUGGACUAACGAGAGUGGCUCGCCUAUCGACCAUAUUCCUGGUCUGCGCCGUGGAAGACCGGACGGCACGCUGGAAUUCUUCCCUUUCCGCGGAGAGGACUACCGCCAGGAGGUUCACGCGUCCCGAUACCGAUGCAGGGCCUCAAACACUCUCGGUUCUGUGUUCAGCCGAAGCGUCCAUGUCAAAGCCGUGGUGCAGCAGCAAUACGAGAUUCGCGUUGACGACGACUUCGUAAUCCGCAUGAACACUGGCGUGCUUCGGUGUCAUGUCCCGAACUACGUGAAAGAAUACGUCGUCGUAACGUCAUGGGUUCGCAGCGACGGCUUCAUCAUUUCUGUGCAAGCCAUUCCAGAUGAGAAUUCGAAGUACGUAGCCUUCACGUCGGGUGAGCUGCACGUUCGGCGUGCAGGACCUGAAGACAGCCACCACUCGUUCCAGUGCCAGACCAAAGACACUCUCACCGGUGCAGUGGUUAGCAGCAUCACGGCUGGAAAACUUGUGAUAACUGAGCCACACUCCAGCAUUCCUGCCAAGGUGAUCCACUGGAGCCGACAGGUAGAAGGGCCGCAAGGAUCAGCGCUUUUCGUGCCGUGCGAAGCCCAGGGCCACCCACAGCCUUCGUAUCGCUGGUACCGCCAGUACGGUGCCCGACUACGACCGCUGCUGCCCCUCAGCGAGCCAGGAAUCGUGCUGGUCGGUGGCACUCUCGUGUUCAGGCGGGCGUCGGUCCAAGACAGCGCCACCUACGUGUGUGUUGUUAGCAACGGAGCAGGAGCCGAGGAGAAGAACGAGAUACAGGUCCUGAUCACUGAACCGUUGGAAGUACAAAUGUGGCCCAGAACACGGGAGGUUCGCUCCGGCGACUCGGUCACUCUGAAUUGCAGCGUGUCCGGGUUUCCUGUACGUUCCGUCACGUGGUCCAAGGACGGAAGACCCUAUACUAGGACCGUCGACUGCGGGCGCAUCGACGUCGGCGGGCAGUGGCGGCGCUUCGGCACUGUCGCGGCGCGUGCUGAUGCUGAACCGGUACGCGCUGAGGAUUCAGCGGAACCGCCGGUUCUCGUUUCACACUUCGAAGAUAACGUUGUACGUCGAGAUGAGCCGGUGUCUCUUCGAUGCGCCGCCACAGGGACACCACUGCCCCAAAUAACGUGGUCCAUCUAUGAUAUACAAGUGCAGGACUCCAGUCGAGUCCGUGUCGGUGACUACGUGAGCCGAGAUGGGUCCGUGAUCAGCUUCGUAAAUAUCACAAGGGUUAGGCCCGAAGAUGGCGGUGCCUACCGCUGCGAAGCGUCCAACGAACACGGCUCGGACGCACACUCCGGUCGCCUGAACGUGCUCGGUCCACCGGCGGUGCACACAAUGCACAACCGCACAGUUGUUGCGGGAAGGAGGGCGAUGCUGCACUGCCCCUACUCUGGCUUUCCGGUGACGAGAGUAAUUUGGCGUAAAGUUCCACCAUCGAUCACACCAUUCUCCUUUCCGGAGAAACCUCAGCUGGGCUCCCGUGCCAGCGUUACAUGCAGCGUUCCCGAUGGUGACCCACCAAUACGUCUCUCAUGGCUUCGCGAUGGCGUGCCAUUGGACCCAUCGCCAUCUACCGGAAAAGAAGGUGUCUCUUUCGGUCACGUGGAUGACUUCAUCUCCACGCUGGUGUUUAAGUCCCUGCGCGAGGAGCACACGGCCGUGUACACCUGCCUUGCGGCGAACGAAGCCGCUGCUGUCAACUACUCUGCGCCGCUUGUCGUCUACGCCCCACCAAGAUGGCGGCUGGAGCCCGCGGAUACGACUGUUACUACCGGUGAGCGAGUGAUCCUUGACUGUCAGGCUGAUGGCACCCCGGAACCCAGGGUUCGUUGGAAGAAGUCGGCAGGACCUCAGAGCACGGAAUUCCGCACCGUUAUCAGCAGCUCUCGCAUGCAAGCACUGGUGAACGGAUCGCUAGUGAUUCAAGAAGUGGAGACCGCGGAUGCAGGCGGUUAUAUGUGCGAGGCCUCGAACGGCGUUGGUCUACCCCUGUACACUGUCGUGCAGGUUAACGUCCAUGCCCCCGCCAAAGUAAGGCAGCGUUUUAUGUCCCACAUGGCUGGGAGAGGGCAAGUGGUGAAGCUACGCUGUGAAGCUACGGGAGAUGAACCUAUCAGCUUUUUUUGGUCGAAGGACAGCAAACCAAUCAAGGCAUUCUCUAAUCCUAGGUACACCAUCAAAGACCACUCCCGCGAGGAGUCACCCUGGUCCGAGCUGAUGAUACUGCUCGCCGAGAAGAACGACACAGGCACCGUCAAAUGCGAGGUUUCCAAUGCCUACGGACAUGACGAGCAGGUGACACACCUCUCCAUACAAGACAGGCCCGAUGAACCUCCCAGACCGGAAGCGCUGAACGUGCUCAGCCGAUCUGUGACCAUUCUGUGGAAAAGCCCGAACGAUGGGAACUCGCCCAUCACUAAGUACAUCGUGCAGUACAAGAGGAGCAUCGAGUCAUGGGAGAAGCAACUCAGCGAAAUGGUGGCCGAGGCUGACCAGAGCCAGGUUACUGUGCAAGACCUGCAUCCACUCACCGAAUACAACUUCAGAGUGCUCGCUGAGAACGUCAUUGGUAUCGGGCCACCUAGUGAGGCGUUGACGGUCAUCACCGAUGGAGAAGUACCUGCAACUCCUCCUCAGAGCGUGAAGGUGACAGCAGUCAGCUCAAGAAAAGUAGAAGUGUCAUGGAAGCCACCACCAGUGCACCUUCAGUACGGCGAAAUCCAGGGUUAUUAUGUUGGCUAUCGUGUACACGGCUCCACCGAGCCAUACGUCUUCAAGACCGUCACGGGAUCUUCAUCUUCGCCGGGCAAUCCCUUCACGCGAUGUGUCGUGGAUAACCUACAGCGGGCCACUGCCUACGCCGUAGUAGUGCAAGCGUACAACGACAAAGGAGCAGGACCGCUCUCCGACGAGAUCAUGGUGCAGACGCACGAGCAAGAUCCACCACCACCACCUCUGGUGACCGUGACGUCUAGAACGAAAGAUUCAAUUGAACUUUCUUGGACGCCACAAGACGAAGGAAAAGAAGUCGUCGAAGGAUACGUUGCCCGCUACCGCACGCUGGAGGGUCUUGAGUGGAGCGAGGUUCCUAUAACUCCCGACAAGGGGAGCUACCUGUUUGAAGGUCUCCAAUGCGGUAGCACCUAUUCACUGUCUGUGCUCAGCUUCAAUCGCAACGGACGUAGCGAGCCCGAAGAGCUGCUGCAAGUCAAAACAGAGGGAACAGCCCCCCAGGCUCCCUCGCCAAAGGCGGCAAUACUCCCCAACGUGACCAGUCUUGGCCUCGUGCUGGCCGCCUGGCGUGAUGGCGGCUGCCCUAUUAGCCACUUCCUGGUUCAAUACCGGCCCCGUGACGAAUUGGACUGGACGCUGCUGUCGUCGCGUGUACUUCCUGACCGAGACGUGGUGAUCCUCGGUGACUUGGCGCCUGGAACCUGGUACCAGGUGCUCGUGGUUGCCUAUAACAGCGCAGGCUCCACAAAGGCAGAGUACACUGUCGCCACGCUGACCCUCGCAGGAAAUCCUUUGGAGCCGGAUAAAAUAUCUGAGGCUGGACGGGACAGUGCUAGCCCACGGUAUCGAAGCUUAUCUAUCAUCGUGCCUAUUUGCUGCUCCAUCAUUGUCCUGAUGGCCGUCACUGUGGCCAUCAUGGUGCUCGUUUGCCGGAGAAGGUCUUCCGGGACCCCACCAUCAGCCAUCAGCACUUAUGAAGCGUUAGAGUUGUAA